GGCUGCGUUGACCAAUAGCAUCGCAGUUCAGAGGUCGCGGUCCGCGGUGGACCGGAAGUUGUUGGCUGCUCCUGCUGAAAGUGCAGGUAGCAUUUAGCAAGCUAACAGGCUUGUGUGUGUUAGCUGUUUGUCAUUGUUAAAGAGAAAUAUAAAAACGGUCGUAAUGUGCGACAGAAGACACCGACACGUCCACGGAAAUGAUUUUCGCCUAUGAAGAAGAGAAUAAACUGACGUAAAGAAUCCCGGAAGUGCUGUUGGAGCUCCCAGCAGCCGAAGACACAAUGAGUGCCAAAUAUGGCCUGGUGAGCUACAACAGUUCACGGAAGCACAUUUCCAUCUCCAUCCCGUCGUCCACGGAGGUGAUGUCGCCCCACAUCAAGUCUGUGGAGGAGCUGAGGGUCCUGGGGAUCAACCUGAGCAUCUACAGCUCGCCCACACAGUUCAUGAUCUGCGUGGCCGGAGUCUUCCUCUUUUACCUCAUCUAUGGAUACCUGCAGGAGUUGAUAUUUUCCGUGGAAGGAUUCAAGCCUUUCGGAUGGUACCUCACUCUGAUCCAGUUUGGAUUCUACUCCACGUUUGGUCUGGUGGAGCUUCAGCUAACGCAGGACAAACGCAGAAGGAUACCAGGGAAGACCUAUAUGAUGAUAGCCGUUCUAACAGUGGGUACUAUGGGCCUGUCCAACACCUCCCUGGGAUACCUAAACUACCCCACACAGGUCAUCUUCAAGUGCUGUAAACUCAUCCCAGUCAUGAUCGGAGGAGUGUUCAUACAAGGUAAACGCUAUAAUGUGGCUGAUGUGUCGGCUGCUCUCUGCAUGAGUCUGGGUCUCAUCUGGUUUACUCUAGCUGACAGCAAAGUGGCCCCCAACUUCAACGUCACAGGUGUUCUCCUCAUCUCCCUGGCACUGUGUGCCGACGCCGCCAUCGGAAACGUGCAGGAGAAGGCCAUGAAGCUCCACAACGGCUCCAACUCUGAAAUGGUGCUGUACUCAUACUCCAUCGGUUUUGUCUACAUACUGACAGGCCUGCUCUGUAUGGGGGGUCUGGGGCCAGCAGUGGCUUUCUGCUCAGAGCACCCUGUGAAGACGUACGGUUACGCGUUCCUGUUCUCUCUUACGGGUUACUUUGGCAUCUCCUUCGUUCUCGCCUUGAUCAAGCUCUUCGGUGCCCUGGUUGCUGUGACAGUGACCACAGGGAGAAAGGCCAUGACUGUCGUACUUUCAUUCAUGUUCUUUGCGAAACCUUUCACUUUUCAGUACAUCUGGGCUGGCCUUUUGGUGCUCUUCGGCAUCUUCUUGAAUGUUUACAGUAAAAACAGCGAUAAAAUGAAGCUUCCCUCCAUCAAGGACCUUAAGAGCUGGGUGCUGACGGGAAAGAAAGUCAGAUUUCUUUCACAAAACGUAUAGGAGGAACCCAAGGGUUGGCAGUCUGUUGUAGAGUUGGCCCACCAGCUACAUGACACAAUGAAACUAUGACGGGUGAUAGAGCUGCUGUAUCCCCUCUCUAUCUACCAGUACACCACUGGCGUAGAACUGCCUCAAACUGCAGCAACCUGAAGGAACUCUAACAGUUUUUUACAAGGGGAUCAAUGCUAAGAGGGUCAUUUGAAGACCUACGGAAACAUUCCCAUCACGGAGGACGACACUGAGGACUCUCUAAAGGGAAGCCAGCGCCUUCGCUAACCAAAUCGCACAGUUUUGCACUGGAAAUGACUUUUACAAGUAUAAUGGUUGGAAAAAGUGUAAUAUAGGAAGGAAGAAAACAGGGUGACUUAUCUAUCAUGUCAGAAAUUAAUGUUUGUCCCCCACAACAUAAAAAGGCAUGUUUGCCUCCGCAUGUGCCAGAAAGGACUUAGUUUUACAUGAUCAUUGUCUCGAUUAAAGUGGCUUUUUUCAUAGCUUAUUUGUAAUUUAUAUCAGACUGUGCUGAUUCAUGAAAAAUGUGGUGACAUUUGGCAGGAUACGGAGACAUUUGCUCCCAUUUACAUCAAUUCAUCAAACAUGUCAACUGCCAUAAUUUCUUAACCAUGUGUUCGGCUGAAAGGGUCCCACUCUUUUUACAUUAAAACAAACUGAGACGUUUCUCUUCAAGUC